CCGCGCUAAGUUUUUAACUUUCAGCGUAAUUUGUGGACACAAAUUGUACACAAGAAGGUGAAGAGUUUAUACCUCCUAUAUUUACAGCAGUUCUAACUCAGAAUUAGGAAACGAAUGUCUUUUUUUCGACAUGCCCAUUAUUUAAGCGACUGAGUUGAUAUUCGGCUUGGGCUGGCUUCAGGACAAGAACGAAGAACGGGAAUUUGUCUUUCAGGACAAAAAUUCCACCACGUUCGUUUCAAAAUCAGACAGCGUUCCAGACUAGCAGAUAUGCAACAUCUAAGGAGCAUCCUUAAGUCGGGCCUUGGCGUCUUACUCGCAGUGGUGGUUGCAUCUGGAGCCGCACUGACUUCUAUCCUCAUGCGUCUAACCAAACGAGGAGGCGUACAGAACUUUCAGUCCAUCUUCUGGAACCAAGUCGCGCAUAUGAUCUUCGUCUUAAGGCUUACCAUUGCCGUUCGACCCAAACUCCGAAGGGAAAGUUGGAAGGAGACCGCUGUUUUGGUUGUUGGAGGAAUACUCCGCGUUGCAGCAGUCGUGUGUUUGUGCCUGUCUUAUCUACAUGUAAAUGUACAGGGAAACACCAGCUCUGUUGUGUACGGCCUUGUCCCCGUCCUCACCAUUGGACUAGCAGCAUUGAUCACCAAGGAACGACCAACUGUCGUCCACGUCGUGGCGAUGGUCAUCUGCAUCUGUGGGGUGACCAUGGUCGGGGUUUCCAUGAAUGCCAAGGAGACUAACAAUCAGACUGUGCAACAACAAUUACUAACUUUACUUUAUCCAAUUUCUGCUAGUAUUCUCCUCACCCUGUGUUGGGUCUUACUGAGAUGGCUCUCCAAACGAGGCGUUCCUCUUGUAACACACAUGUUCUACUACAGCAUUGGUGGUAUCCUCCUCUUGCCUCUUGCUUACAUAGUAGAGAAGCCGGAGUGGAGUUUUUCUCCAGAUACAUGGGGGCUACUAGUUGCCCAGACGCUUGCUUGUGCAAUGCAAUAUCUGAGCAACGCUGCCGCCAUUCAUAAUGAGACUGCCGCAACAGUUCAAAUUGUAAAGGUCCUGACCGUUCCUUUGGUAUUUGUCCUGGGAUUCUUCGUUCUAGAGAUGGUGCCUAACGUUUUAAAAAUAUGCGGCGGAAUUAUAGUAACGGUAGGGGCGACGGUGGUCGGUCUAUGGACCUGGAGAUCAAAUCUUAAGCAGCAACGUCGUGAACUAGAGGUGGGUACCGGUACAGAAAAUUCAGGUCCAGGUACGGUCCAGGUCCUGAAGAUCAGGUCCGGACCUGAACCUGGACCUGAUUCAGUAUGAACAAGACCACAAGGUCACAUUGCCAGUCAACUCAUCACAUCACUUCAUACAACACACCAAUCACUCAAAUCCAAAUGCUGCCACCAUUCCCGCCAUACACCACAAAACUGAUCACAAUUCACACCACUUUUUUCUCGCCACUUAUUAUUACCUUCUGAUAUGCAAAAAACGACUGCCUGUAAAAUAAUGACUGCAAUGAUUUGAAAUUUGGCGGAUAUUGAUAAAAGGCUCCAUACUAUGAAGUUGUGCCUCAACAUUUGAGUUGUGCUUAUUAUUUCUGGGUGAGGCCGAGGACUUAUUGAUCACCCCUCGUAGUGCAGUAUACAAGUUAAACGAUUAGGUCUGCUAAUGUACAAUACAUUCUCUAUUUUCUAUAACAUAUGUAUUGGCCUAGAUACUUAGAUAUGUAGUCUGGAGAUGACAUAAGUAGAUUGAAAAUACCUGUGCUUGUCUUUGGCAAGGAUGCACUACGUUUACAUGUGAUCAUAUUCACUAAUUUUUAUCUCUCUGUGUUAUAUGCAGGGCAUGCCAUUAGAAAUGAUAUUCGUCUUCAACACCAUCUUGACAUGAAGGA